GCGAGUCCCGCUGUAGGUGAAGCUGCCUCGCGCUGCCAUUCUGAAGCAGGUGUCCAACAUGGCGAACGCUCGCAGCGGCUCUCUGGCGACUAUUCUGUUCCUCUUCGCGUUUCCGGCGGCUCUUCACAAAGGAGCUGCACAGGAACCAGUGGUGAGUCAGAACCUGGUGACGGACGACGUGGCUGUGGUGGAGGGAGAGACGGCGAUCAUCAGCUGUCGGGUGAAGGACAACGAUGACUCCGUUAUCCAGCUGCUCAACCCCAACAGACAGACCAUUUACUUCAGAGACAUGAGACCUCUGAAAGACGCGCGCUUUCAGCUGGUGAACUUCUCAGACAACGAGCUACGGGUGUCGCUGUCUAAUGUCUCUCUGUCAGACGAGGGUCGAUAUGUUUGCCAGCUCUACACAGACCCCCCGCAGGAAGCCUACGCCGACAUCACAGUGCUAAUUCCUCCAGGUAACCCGGUCAUUGAGUCCAAGGAUGAGGUGCUGAGCGAGGGCAACGAGACGGAGAUGACCUGCACCGCCAUGAGCAGCAAGCCUGCAGCCACCAUCAGAUGGAUGAAGGGAGAUAAGGAGCUGAAAGGAAAACCCAAAGUGGAGCUGAGCUACGAUAAGAUGUACACCGUGACGAGCCGGGUGACGUUCGCCGUCAGUAAAGAGGACGACGGCGUCCCGGUCAUCUGCAUCGUGGAUCAUCCCGCGGUCAAGGACUUCCUGGCGCGCAAAUUCCUGGAGGUGCAAUACAAACCAGAGGUAAAGAUUGUGGUGGAAUUUCCUCAGGGUUUGACAAGAGAAGGAGAAAACCUGGAGCUGACGUGUCAAGCCAAAGGCAAACCCCAGCCGCAGCGGGUCAACUGGCUGAAGGUGGAUGACGACGUCCCGACCCACGCGGUCAUCACCGGCGGCGAUCUCUACAUCGAGAAUCUGAACAAGUCGUACAACGGGACGUACCGCUGUGUGGCUUCCAACCCGCUGGGCGAGUCCUUCGAUGACUACGUCCUCUAUGUCUACGAUGCUCCCACCACCACCCCUAAACCCACCACAGCCACCAUCACUACCACUUCCACCAUCACCACCUCCACCCUGAAUCCUGCAGCCGGUCAAGACACUGUGCCCAGCGCUGAACCUGCAGCUCAUGACUCUCGAGCUGGAGAAGGGGCACCGAGGACGGUGGACCACGCCGUCAUCGGAGGCGUGGUGGCCGUGGUCGUCUUCGCCAUGCUCUGCCUGCUCAUCGUCUUGGGACGCUACUUUGCAAGACACAAAGGUACCUACUUCACACACGAAGCCAAAGGUGCAGACGACGCGGCGGACGCAGACACAGCCAUCAUCAAUGCAGAGGGCGGCCACACCAACUCGGACGAAAAGAAGGAGUAUUACAUCUAACCCGAACCGGGGGGAACCCCGCCCUCGCUCGGAUGCCGUCGCCGGCACGCCGAGCCGCUUUCCCGGGGAUGGGGCUGGGUUUGUUUUUUUUGACGGAUUCGGAUCGCUUUUUGGUGAAAGGGAUGGAGGAGGGAUUUUGAAGGAAAGGCCUGGUUUUACGCCGUCGUUUAGUCUAGUCUGCAGAUGUAGAUGGAAUGUUAUUUGUGUUUAAGAUAAAAAAAGACAAAAUAUCAAAAAAAUAAAAUAAAAUAAAAGCAAGUCCGGGGGUGGGGAGUGGGUGGGAGUGGGUGGGGGCGCCAGAUGUUGCCAGAAAUCACUGUAGAGAGCUUCACCAUUUAACACCUCCCUAACUGCUGGUACGAAGUUUUAUCUUUUAGUUCCACCAUUUGCAGAAAAUUCUGUGCCUUGUUCUGAAUUAUUUUGUUCUCUCCACACUCUACACCCGUACUGAUUGUCAUUUGCAUAACCUCGUUGCUCUUCUUUCCCCGUUUUCAUCUUUUCUUCCCCCAACACUUGUUAUUAUCAGCGUGCUGUCGGCUUUUGUAUGAGGGUAAAAUUACACAGCCACUUUAUUCAUUUCUCUAAAUGUGUCUGCACACGCGCGCUCUUCUCCCCUCCUGCAUAACAAAUACUCUUUCAAGUAUACUGUGAUUUGUCUCAAGCCAUUUCCUCUCUCUUUUCCCUCUGAGGUUCUGAAGACGUAAUGCAUGGAGCGCUUUGUGUGUCACUGUACGGACAGCCUAAACCAGACGCAGGUUUGUUUUUAUUAAACUCCCCCACCAACAACACCUAAACGUACAGCCAGAAGCAAGGAUGCAAAGGUUUAUGGGUCAUUUUGCCUCUUGUCCUAUUUCUGUUACAUCUGGAAACGAGCAAAUUCGUACAUUUGUACGUAAACCGAUUGAAUCUCAUGCAAACUUUAAUUUAUUUGUAUAUAAUGGUGUGUUAAACCAUAAUUUAUUUAUUUUUAUUCUACAAUUGAUUCUGACCCUUAAUUAAAUCACUUAAGGUCACUUAAAUAACAUUAAGUGAUUGUAGAUGUUAUUAACUACAGACUGUGUCUUCCACCUGAUGGUCUGGUAGACUCGGUUCGAUUUCAAACUGCUUUGAGUCAAACCAACCAAACCUUUUGAGCAACUUGUUCCCCUCCUUACCUGCGGGGGCGCUGCAACAAGAACCGCUGAAGGAAACGACAUCAAAACGACACUGAGUGCAACUUUCUUCUUCAUCGGAUAGUGUGAAAAUGCCACCGGAUUUUAGCGGUUGGAGGAUUUGUGUUUUAUCUUUGCCAUUUCUUUCGCUUAGGCUAAGAUGUUUGUUUUGAUUGUAUCUGCCCAGAAUGCCCUGCGCUGUAGUCCACUUCCUGCUUCUGGAGCGGUCUCUGGUCCACUUGGUGUUCACAAUCAGAACCAAACCGGAGUUCACUUUUUUAUCAAAAAGGUGACGGGGCAAAAUGACCAGAACGUUUGCAAAAAUAAACAGAUUUUCACUGAUCUCAGCCUGCUUUCUAAAUUACACCCCUAGUUUUCUUCCAUGUUGCUUAAUGAAAAUUUCCUCCUGUUUUUUUAUGAUUGAAAUGCUUGCACAUACCAGCGUUUCAGUUUGUUUGCAUUUUCUCUCAAUCUAAAGUGUUUUUUUUUUUCUUCCAAGUGGAGAAAAUAAGAAAUAAAAUAUCCUAUUUCAAGGGAGAUGCCUGGUUGUUGAAGUGCAGGAUGCUCGUGUUGUGCAGUUACCGCAGUAGAAAGAACCGCCUUAACCAGCUUUAAACUGAAACAUCUGUAAGUUUGAACUUCAUUUGAGCUCUAGCGGGCGUUGGUCGGUGGGUUUCAUUUAUUCUCAUAAACACUGGAUGUAGAUGAAACCAGAGGAAUCACAAAUCCUCCCAGAGUAACGCCCGAACGCCUUGGUUCUCAUCUUAAGUUCUGACAAACGGAGAGGAAACCGAACGGCUCUGACGGUCACACCACUCGGGUUCUGCUUUCACCCGCCCGCUUUUUGAACGCUUCGAUACUUCACACGUUUUUCUGCAUGUCUGGAUCCGCGCCAGGAUCGUUUCGGUUCCGCUUUGGCACCACCGGCCAGAACCGAACCGGAGUCGCUUUGGAGUUACGCCAAAAGUUAACGUUUGCCUGUAAAGUAACUUCCCUCACAUUUUCUGCUCCAUGCCGUUAAUCCGUUGUUUGCAUCAGCUUGUCAACAACGCAGAGCGCCUGGUGGUUCUGUUGUGGUUCUUAUGAGUUCACACAGCAAGCAACACGUUUAAUGAGUCCAGGACAGAUGUGGGAGGAUGUGGGCGGAGGUAGCGGCUGGAGCAGGCUUCCUCUAGUGUGAAUGUUUAGUGGUUUUCACUCCUCGUGUCACAUAAAGCUUGUUUGCCAUCAUCUGCAUCACUGUCAUUUUAAUUCUGGGUGUUUUUCCAGGGCAAAAUGACUAAAUGAACAAGUUAGAACAGGGCAUUAAAAAGUAUUUCAUCAUAUUUUUUUUGUGCAAAAAAUAAUUCUUAGGUGAUUUUAAUGUCCUCAGUAUGGCCUCUGUCACUUUAAAUUAAGAUGCUGCUGGCCACGCCCCCCCAAGUCAGUGUAAACUAUACAUCUUUGAAAAGCAUUAGUAGAGCCUCCUGCAUAACCAACAAGAACAAAGCAAAUGGUUUCUGGAUGGUAAGUCAACAACAACUGACCAAAUAUUCUGGAGCUCAGUUUUGGGUUGCUAGGUAACGGGCUGAGUUUCAGUGCUUGGGCUGUUGUUAGAAGCUGUAGAAACCUAAGAGGAAAUACAAAAAUGUGCAAAAUCUGAAUUUUGCAAAAUGUGGCCCCUUUAAAAUAUCAACCACAAGUAAUGGAUUUUUUGGGAGGGGGGGGAAUAACUUUUUUUUUUAGUUUGAGUUUAAUUAAUCCCACCGAAUAUUUUAGACCUUUAUUCAUAAAGAAUCCUAAGACUAAAAUUCGCUCCUAACAUCAUCAUUUUAGAAAAACGCUCAACAUUCUGAAAAUGUUAUCCUUUUUCUUAGAACUUUCCCUCGGUAAGCUUAAAGUUUUUCAUGUAGCAUCAUAGGCAUUAAGACCUAAGCUGACAAAAUGUUAGAGGUAGUGAUAUGAAUGGUGUAAGAAAGUUUUUGGCAGAGAAGAUGGCAGAAAGGAGAAAUAUUCUCUGUAAAAUGAAGAGGUCUCUGCCAGCAGCAGGCUCUGCUCCGACUGUUUGGCUUUCCAUUACUUCCCUAUUUUGUGGUAAUUUCUUCACAUGGCACUACUUAUUUUGUAAGUAGUAAAAUGAUGUCACUUGACUGUAGAAGAAGAAAAUUUAAAAUAAUCAACAGCUGAAAAGCUCUAAAACUGACUAAAUCCCUCAAUCGCCUCUAUAUAAAGUUGGCAGCUCAGACAAUUUUUUUCUGAUUGACUUUUUGUCAGACCUUCUGACUCACAGUUCGUCUGAUAAUCACUGAUAUAAUUAAUAAAAUACAGUUUUAAUCAGAACUAACUAUUCAACUCUCUUAGCUCAAAUGAUGUUUCGGUGAAGUGGAGAAAAGAUAAUGACAACAAACAACAAAAUAUACAAGGAAAAUGCUAAUACAGCACCCAGAUCAGCCAUAAAAUUAGCAUUUAAGCUAGCAUGAGCAUUUUAGCUAACUUUAUCUUCUCAACAAGUGUUUGCAAACUGAAUAGGAAAUGCUACUGUUGGCCAAUAUUGCAUUAUGUCAUUUGAUCUAUUUAUGAUAAGCCCAACUCAUUGAACGGAGUCAGUACAUGUUAGUCAACAUGCUAGGUUUAGCCCAUAUGCCUUGAACAUUUACACAGCUAAGUUUAGCUUUUUAGCUAGUUUUGACCUAACACCUCUUGUCUUCUGCUGACUUUAUCAAUUAUAUUUUUCAGUUCACCGAUAUAAAUACAUAUCAGUCCAUCCCACUGAACGUUUUGGACUGAAAGUUACUUUUAGAGUCCCUGUUUGGGGAACUGAGUGUUGCUUGCGGUGUGUCCUCAUAUCUACCACUAGCUGUGACUUUGAAGCAUCUCAGUGUGUUUUAUAAAUGUGAAUCACAUCAGCUGUGUGAUAGCUUUAAAAUAUCAUAGUCAUGCAUGAAAACAGCAUUCAGGCUUUUUACGUUGAGGAUUUGAAGAUGAGGUUUAUCUCAAAGGAACGGACUGAAAUGCAUUCUUUAACCUUUACCCCGUCUGUGCUAAUGAAAUGUUUGCAGCCCUAGAAAAGAACAGUUGGGUUAGCUGUAGCUGGGAGCUUCAUUUUUUGGCUUUUUCACCGGACGUGUACAUAUUAGUUACACACAUUUCGUGUACUCGAUUUAAUAAGUCGCGUAUAAAUCACCACAAUGUUCACUCUGUAUGCUGACGACACUGUUUUGUGUUUGUGUAAACCGGAUGGGUGGGGGUUGGGCAACGGGGACUGAUUAGAUUAGAUGUUUCACGGUCUGGUGUCUGAAUAAAAAAAAUGACAAAUAUCUGACUGGUUAUUGUUGCUUUAUGGAUCACAGAGCAGAUACCACUUCAUCUGUUAGGCUGCAACUUUGUGAUUUGUAUUCUACAGUGAGCACUGUUUUUGCUUCCAUGAUCAAUGGCAGCUUCCACUUAGAUCCAGUUUUAAGACAUAAAGUCGUCAAUGCAGGAACUGACGGGGACGUUGCUUCUUCCUUAAGGCUGAUUUGUUGAUUUUGACUUUUUUGUACUCUAAAAACAUGAACGAUGCCAUUUGUGUAUGUCGAAUUAAUCAGAGAUUGGAGUAAAUGACACAUAAGGUUUUGGUUUAUUUUUCUGGAUAUUCCCUGUAAAUUAAAACACGAAAAAGAAAAAAAGAACGCACAUAUGUUGUAACUGAGGUAGUUUCCUGCACAUUGGAUCCCUUUGAUAAUGUCCUGUCUCAGGUUCAUGUGUUGCUGAUCGAUGUGACUGCAUCUCAGGUAGAAUGCAAAGAUUAGGCCCCACCUGUCGACAACAUAAAGGCGUGUACAAAUGCGUUCAUCAAGUCCGGAAGUGCAAACACAUUCUUUUUAGGUCCAGAACUGGUGAGAUGUUUUGCAUAUACAAUAUGUUGUACAUGUUUUAUGUAUUUUUUCUCAAUAUUUGGUGCACUGUAAAAAAGAAAAAAAGUGUUAAGUAUUGCUUUUCUUUGACAUAUCAUACGUUUAUUGGAAUGAAGCAGGAUCAGAAACGUGUCGUGGCUGUACUACUGUCACUUUGAACGCUCCACCGCCUUUUCAAACUCCUUUGAUUCCCCAAAAAAAAAAAAAAAAAAGAUUUGAUUGUUCCACCCGGUUCUUGUUUCAGAUUGUUCUUUUUGUCUCUCUGCUGUACUUGAGAAAAAUUUAAUGUGUAUUAAUGGAGAACAGGAGUUCCACAUUCCCAUACACAUUUUGUAUUGGUUCAUAAAUAGACAUUUUUACAAAACAAUGAAGAGUUCUUGUCUUAAUAAAAGAGAAAAGAUAUUAAUGUCCAAAAUAA